AUGUCGGCCAAUACAGCUCAUACAAACGAUGGUAAUGGAAUCUUACUUUACGCUGGAGAAAUGUAAUUAAUUUAUUAUUGAUUAUUAUGUUUUUAGGAUUAUUUUGUAUGCAAAGCAUGUGGAAAUGAGCUUUUCCUCAAUUACCGAAAGCUUUUUCAAAGGAAAGAAGUAUGGAAACUUAUACUUGACGUCUCAUAGGGUAAGUAUAUGGUUUCGGAUAGUUUAUCGUACUUUAUAUAUUUUAUUGUCGAAAGCUUCGAUUUUGUGAUGGUUCAACCUUAUCAUUUUUAAAAUAUGUUCACCUAGAGUUUUUGUUUGAUUUAUAAAUCUAAAGUAAUAAAUAACUAGUUUUCGACAAAUGUAUACAAAUUGUGUUUUUAGGUAAUUUUCCUGAACACAGAUGACAACGCCCUAAAGUCUUUGGCCAUGCCUUUCAGUUUUAUGAACGAUAUCCGUUUGGAACAGCCUUUGUUUGGUGCUAAUUACAUAGAAGGAAAGUUGACUGGCCAACCUGGAGGUAACUUUGAAGGUGAAAUUGGAUGGAAAUUGACAUUCCCAAAGGGAGGGUGCAUCGAUUUUGGAAAGGCACUAAGACAAGCUGUGAUUCUAGGUAAUAUUUUAUCUUAUUAUUAAUUUUAAUAAGUUUAGUGCCAAUAAAUUGCCUAACAAUUUAACUUUAGUCCAAAACCAAGGAACUAGACCAGCGAAUGCUCCACCACCGUAUGUUCCACCAGCUGGCAGUUACUUUGCGCCUCCACCAGCCUAUUUUGUUGCCCAACCAGGUAACAUUGGAGGUGGCAUGCAAGCCCCAACUCAUGUCUUCCCUGAUCAACCUGAAGGUAAGUCACACUAGUUUUGUUUUCAUAUUUUAUAGGUAUGUCAUUGAAUACAAUUUCCAACUCUUUAAUAAUAAAAUAAUUUCCAAUAUUAUUCCAGAGGGCACAGUUUACGUGUUCGAGCAGCCUCCUCCAUAUGCGGGUAUUCCAAUGAACACUCCAAACCAAAUGUACCCAGAUCUUCGUCAAAGAAAUGUGACUAAUCCUGAGGUCCCACCCCCAUAUCCAAGUGGAUCUAACCCAACUGCUCCGCCAGCUUAUGACGAUGCGACCAAGUUGCCAGAAAAACCAAAAGUUGCUUAA